CCCGGUCUCCGAUCUCUCCCUCGACUAACCCGGCUACCACGGGGGUCCCGGAUGGCUGUCCCCCCCCCUCCUCCGCGCCACCCUCCCCCAGGCGCCUUCCUCUUCCCCUACAUAGUGAUGGUUGUGUUUGGGGGGGUCCCCCUCUUCUACAUGGAGCUGGCGCUGGGGCAGUUCCACCGAACGGGAGCCAUCUCACUGUGGAGCAAGAUCUGCCCCCUCUUCAAAGGCGUGGGCUACGCAAUCUGCGUGAUGUCGCUCUACGUCGCCUUCUACUACAACACGGUCAUCGCCUGGGCCCUGCUCUAUCUCUACUCGAGCCUCACCACGGAGCUGCCCUGGGCGAACUGCGGCCACGCCUGGAACACUCCCAACUGCUCCGACUACUUCCUGCGCGAUAACGCCACGUGGGGGGCGCACUCGCGAUCGCCCGCCGAGGAGUUCUAUACGCGGCACGUGCUGGGCCUGCAGAACGCGUGGGGGCUGGAGGACGUGGGGUCGUUGCGUUGGCCGCUCGUGGGGUGCAUCGCGCUCAUCUUCCUCAUCGUCUACCUCUCCCUGUGGAGGGGGGUGCGCACGUCCGGCAAGGUGGUGUGGUUCACCGCCACCUUCCCCUACGUGGUGCUGGCCGUGCUGCUGGUGCGCGGCGCCACCCUGCCCGGGGCGUGGCGUGGCGUCCGCUUCUACCUCACCCCCAACUGGGGGCGCCUCCUCGACAGCGGGGUGUGGGUCGCAGCAGCGGCCCAGGUGUUCUUCUCGCUGGGCCCCGGCUUCGGGGUUUUGUUGGCGCUGGCGAGCUACAACCCCUACCACAACAACCUGUACAGGGACGCGAUUGUGACCAGCUUCAUCAACUGCGCCACGAGUUUCAUCUCGGGCUUCGUCAUCUUCACUGUGCUGGGAUACUUGGCGGAGAGGCGCGGCGAGGAGGUGGAGGACGUGGCGAGGAAUAUUGGCCCGAGCCUUCUCUUCAUCACCUACCCCGAGGCGAUCGCCACGAUGCCCGCCGCGCCAUUCUUCGCCGUCAUCUUCUUCAUCAUGAUGAUCACCCUGGGGCUGGACAGCACGUUCGGAGGGCUGGAGGCGAUCGUCACGGCCGUGACCGACGAGUUCCCCAGCGUGUUCUCGCGGCGCCGCGGACUCCUCCUGCUCCUCGUGGUGUUCACCUGCUUCCUGGGCUCGCUCAGCACGCUCACGCAGGGAGGCGCCUAUGUGGUGAAACUGCUGGAGGAGUUUGGUACCGGAGUCGCCAUCAUCGCUGUGGUUUUGUUCGAGUCCAUCGCUGUCUCCUGGUUCUACGGUGUCAGGCGGUUCUCCUCGGACAUUAGGGACAUGCUGGGCUUCACGCCCGGCUUGUUCUGGCAGGUGUGCUGGGCGGUAUUCUCGCCCGUCUUCCUCUCCUUAAUCUGCUUGAGCUUCCUGCUGACGAGUCCGCAGCUGCAGCUCUUUGACUACACGUUCCCCCCGUGGAGCAUCUCCGUGGGCUACGUGGUGUCGGCCUCCUCCUUCGUAUGUGUGCCACUCUACAUGGUCUACGCGCUGAUCCGCGCGCCCGGCUCACUGUGGCAGAGGCUGCGCGCGGUGGUGACGCCUGAGGCAAAAGGGAGGUCUGAACCUGGCCUCACGCCUCCCCUCGCAGUCACGUCCCACGCCUGAGCGAGGCAGCAGGGGGCUCUGGGCUUGCCUAAGAGAGAGAGAGACGGAGGAAGAGUUCUCAGCCUUGCCCCCUGAGAGUGUCCUGCGUGGUCCCGUGGGAGACUGCGGCUUCAGCAAAGAAGAGUUGAGAGUAGUUGGGCACUGCCAACUUCUGGGAUCACCCCCACCAUGAAAUUGCAUUCCGGCGACGAGGAACUUAAUUAACAAAACGAUAGCAUCACACAUCACAACAACAAUGACACAAGUCGAUUAUGGACCAAUGUAUACAAUCAGGGAACAACUAAUGCGUGGUAAUUGUUCCCACAAUUAAUUUAGGGAGCUGAGUGGUUAUGAGGUGCAGGAUAAUGAAGGGGCUGAGAAUGAGAUGUAUGAGUGGGUUGUGGAAGAGGUGCAAAGAGAACAUGGGAUUGGAGAUUUUGAAUGGCACAAUGAGAUUCAUUAUGAGUGGGCUUGGAAGAUGUUGAGGAGGUUCAGGAAUCUGGGGAGCAUGGGGAG